AGCAAAGGACCGAACCCCGCAAAAUAACCCAAAGUGGAGUUCGAGGCUAGGGUAAAACUAACCUCUCAUACUUUGACGCAAGGCUCCUCACCCUCACUCUAACCAUGGCCGACGAUAGCACGUUCUCUCCCAGCGACCACCAGGCCUUGUCUCCCUCUCCCGACCUCGACAUCACGAUUGAAGAAGGUUCUCAAAAUAGUGAGCAGCUGUUUGAGGAUGAUGGCCAUGAGCUUGAAAUGGAAGGAAAUGAUCUUGAAAUUGAAGGGAAUGACAUUGAUAUUGAGAGCAAUGGCCUUGAGAUAGAAGGAAAUGGCCUUGACAUUGAAAGCAAUGGCCUUCAGGACUGUGACCAAAUGCUUGAGAUUGAAGACAAUCAUGAAAAUGAUGGGGAUGAUACAACUGCAGUUGCUGUUGAAAAUGGCAUAUCUCAAGGAAAGGAUUAUCCACCACCAGUUGUAGGGAUGGAAUUUGAAUCGUAUGAUGAUGCUUAUAAUUAUUAUAACUGCUAUGCUAAGGAAUUAGGAUUUGCAAUCAGGGUGAAAUCUUCGUGGACAAAGCGUAACAGCAAAGAGAAGCGUGGAGCUGUGCUCUGUUGUAACUGUGAGGGCUUCAAAACAAUCAAAGAAGCUAACAGUCGUAGGAAGGAAACAAGAACUGGCUGUCUUGCAAUGAUAAGGUUGAGGUUAGUGGAAUCUAAUAGAUGGAGAGUGGAUGAAGUCAAACUGGAACACAAUCACCUUUUCGACCAUGAAAGAGCACAAAAUUGUAAGUCACACAAGAAGAUGGAUGCUGUGGCCAAAAGGAAGGUGGAGCCAGCUGUGGAUGUAGAAGUGCGGACAAUCAAGUUAUACCGUACACCUGUGGUUGAUCCAGUGGGUUAUGGAAGCUCGAACUCGCUUGAAGGCGAAAUUAGUGAUAAUGUUGAUCGUUCUAAGCGCUUGAAGCUUAAGAAAGGAGAUUCCCAAAUAAUAUAUAAUUAUUUUAGCCGCAUUCAGCUUGCUAAUCCUAAUUUUGUUUACUUGAUGGAUCUCAAUGAUGAAGGGUAUCUAAGGAAUGUGUUUUGGAUAGAUUCUAGGUCUAGGGCUGCAUAUGGUUACUUUGGUGAUGUGGUCAAAAUUGAUACAACUUGCUUGUCAAACAAAUAUGAGAUUCCUCUUGUGGCAUUUGUUGGAGUAAAUCAUCAUGGCCAGUCUAUCUUGUUGGGCUGUGGUUUGCUUGCUGAUGACACAUUUGAAACAUAUGUUUGGCUAUUUAGGGCAUGGCUUACUUGUAUGUCUGGUCGCCCUCCACAAACAAUAAUCACAGACCAGUGCAGGGCCAUGCAAGGUGCAAUUUCAGAGGUGUUUCCCAGGGCUCACCAUCGACUGCAUUUGUCACACAUCAUGCAAAGCAUUCUUGAGAAUUUGGGAGAGUUGCAGGAAUCUGGUGUCUUCCAAAUGAUAUUGAGUAGGAUAGUCUAUGACUCUCUAAAGGUGGAUGAAUUUGAAAUGGGUUGGGAUGAUAUGAUUCGGCGGUUUGGAAUUGUUGACCAUGCAUGGCUCCGUAGUCUGUAUGAGGAAAGAGAGCGUUGGGCUCCGGUUUACCUUAAAGAUACAUUUUUUGCUGGAAUGUGCAGUUUCCAGAGUGGUGAGUCCAUGAGUUCAUUUUUUGAUGGUUAUGUGCAUAAGCAAACCUCUUUGGAAGAAUUUUUUGACAUGUAUGAAUUAAUUUUGCAAAAGAAGCAUAAAAGAGAAGCACUUGAUGAUCUUGAAUCAGGAGAUUCAGAUCCCAUGUUGAAAACAAGAUGCUAUUAUGAAAUACAGCUUUCAAAGUUGUAUACUAAUUCAAUAUUCAGGAGGUUCCAAGAUGAGGUCGUGAUGUUGACUUCGUGUUUUAGCAUAACACAAGUUAAUGCUAAUGGACCAGUCAUAACAUACAUGAUUAAAGAACGUGAGGGUGAAGGAGAUCAGAGGGAUAUGAGAAACUUUGAGGUCAUGUACGAUAAAGCUGGAAUGGAAAUCCGUUGCAUAUGCAGUUGCUUUAACUUCAAUGGGUACCUUUGUCGACAUGGUUUGUAUGUCCUCAACUACAAUGGUUUGGAGGAAAUCCCUUUUCAGUAUAUCUUGUCGCGAUGGAGGAAAGAUUUUAAGCGGCUAUACAUACCAGAUCUUGGAUCCAAUAAUGUUGAUAUUACCAACCCAGUUCAGUGGUUUGAUCAUUUGUACAGACGCUCAAUGCAAGUUGUUGAAGAAGGGAUGAGAUCCCAAGAUCAUUAUAUGGUUGCAUGGCAAGCAUUUAAAGAAUCUCUGAAUAAAGUUCGACUUGUAGCAGACAAGCAUGUAUAGUUAUCAAUCAAUAGUUACAUACAUAAUUCUUUGUAGCAUCUCUUAAUCUCUUUGCCUGUUUGUACACAGCCAAACUUCUUAGGUAUACAUCAAGCUAUGUCUCUUCCCCAAUCCUUCACCUUUACACCUUGAUAAUUAAAGUGAAAUGCUGAAACCUUUUUAUCUGGUUUUGGUUUUGAUUUUGAGAUAAACGUGAAAUAGGUUGUUAUGCUUGAUAAUUAA